GAAUACGCAGAUGACAUCACCGAAAGUUUCCUGAUGGAAUUUCACCGUCCUCGAGCUACGAUUUUACUGGAUGCUGGUGUGGACCUGAUAGCUUGGGAAACAAUUCCUUGCCUCCGGGAGGUGCGUGCAAUAGUUAAUCUCACACGAAAUCUGGCCCUCAAUGGAUAUCCAAAUAUCGCUGCAUGGCUUUCUGUUGCGUCUCUUGAUGGUCAGAAUACUGUGUCAGGAGACCCACUGCAAACGAUAGCCAGCGCCACAUAUGACUGUCCACAGGCGAGAACUAAUUGCUGCAUUCCGAAUCAUCUAAUUGGCCAAGCAUUGACUAACUUGAAGGAGGCUAAUCAGGAUAACAAAUUGUGUGGUGGUGAAUCAUGUACGGAGGAGGGAUUUCAUCCUCCAGCCAGGCUGAUAGAGAGCUUAUCUAAGGACAAACAGUACAACAGCAAGCUCCUUAUAUGUUAUCCAAAUAGUGGUGAGGUUUGGAAGCGCAUUUCCAGAAAUAAAUUGCAUGAAAAAGCACAAGAAAAGAAAGCAAGUCCGUGCCGUGGCCGAUGGUUAUGGCCCAAAAAUAAAACGCCAGAGGAGUGGAUCAGGGAACUCGCCAAACACGUUGUCAAACGCCGAAUAGGGGACUUUAUGAUGACAGCGGGACCGAAUGGUGUCAUGCCUCUUGCUCAAUGGGCUGGUGGCUGUUGUCGGAUCCGAGCAGAGCAAAUAGCAAUACUUGCCAGAAUCAUGAAACCUGACGAGUUUUUAAGUGGAACAACCUAG